GUGAUCAACCCCGUGGACAUGUGGACGUGGGCACGGCACGGCUACGAGGAAUGGGAGUACAUGCCGGAUACGGCCGAUUACGAAAACGCCGAAGGCGACGACGAUGAGGUCCCCGUUGCGAAAAUGUCAACCAGAAAGAAGGAUGCGAACUCGGCACGGAUUAGACAAACCGUCUCAAAUCAGUUACCGAAAAACUACUUAACCAGGAACAUAGGCCAGAAGCACACCUUAGGCUCUAAACAUCACAGCAUCUGCGGGACAGAAAACCAACUGCGGAAAUCAGCCCGUACCACCCUGAAGAAGGUUCCCGACGGACGACCCGAAAUGUCGGUUCUGAUUCAAUACCGAUUGACCAACUUGCUUGCUUGCGUUGUAUGA